AUGUCCUCAUCAAGUCUACCGGCAAAGGACCUGGAGGAAUCCGUUUACUUCAAGGAUGACGUGUUCAGGGUCAGGUGCGACAUAACGGUGACAAAGGAGAUCGUCGCGGAGCUCACCACGCCUCGGGCGGUCGUGGUGCCGCCGUCGGACAUGCACCAACAUCUUGCAUGGCUCCUCUCGUCCAGCGAGGGCUCCGACGUCGCCUUCGAGGUCGGCGGCGAGACGUUCCCCGCGCACAGGUGCAUCCUCUCCGCAUCUUCAGAGCCGAGCUCCUCGGUCGAGAACGCCGCCGCUCGCGUACGGAUCGAUGACAUGGAACCCAAAGCGUUCAGAGCUAUGCUGCACUUCGUCUACACCGACUCGUUGGCCGAGGGUAGCACGGCAGCCAUGGCUCAGCACUUGCUCGUGGCGGCGGACAGGUAA